AGACUCCUUGUUCUGGCAAAUGAAAAGGCUAGAAUAUAUCUCAAAGCCCUACCCUCCUUUCCGUUCUUCUCCCCCCAGAAUUCCACCAUGCAAUAUUCUCAAAAACCCUGAAGACAACCGUGUAACCCUAAUCUAGAAAUGAACAAGUCCGCUUCCACACCCAAAUCAGAAUCAAAGCCAAAACCAAGUCACAACCCAACAAUGAGCAUCAACAACCGUGUAGAGAUAAUCGACCUUACCGACGAUGACACCGAUCUCCAGGAGGCGAUAAAGGCGUCUCUUCUCCUCCAAACCGGCCGUGCCCAGCAAAAGAGAACCAUCAUCGACCUCGAUGCCAACGACGAAAAUGAUGAACUCCAACCCCUCCAAUAUUCAUUAGCCUCCCGCAAGAAAACCCGGUUCGAAAUCGGCGAGUCUUCCGGUUCCAAGUCGUCCCCUUCCACCACCACUAUUACCUUCGUCUGCGAAAUCUGCAUCGAGACCAAACCCAACUCCGAGUCGUUCACCGUAAUGGGUUGCACCCACUCUUACUGCUCCGACUGCAUGGUCAAGUACGUACGCUCAAAGCUCGACCAGAACAUCACCCGCAUCUCCUGCCCCGUUUCGGAUUGCAGCAAGGGUGCAUUGGACCCAGAGCACUGCCGUCCGAUCCUGCCGCCGGAGGUGUUUGAUAAGUGGGGCAGUGCUCUCUGCGAGUCUGUUUUUAUAGCCUCCGAGAAAUUCUACUGUCCUUUCAAGGAUUGCUCGGCCCUUAUGAUUGACGAUGGCGGUGGCGCUAUUGCGGAGGCAGAAUGUCCCAACUGCAACAGACUGUUUUGUGCGCGGUGUAAGGUUCCGUGGCAUCCGGGGAUUGAGUGCUCCGAGUAUCAGAAACUGGACGAGGAUGAGAGAGGAAGAGAGGAUAUAAUGUUGAUGAAUCUUGCCGAGGACAGGAUGUGGGCGAGGUGUCCCAGUUGCAAGAUUUUUGUUGAGAAAACGAUGGGUUGCUCGACUAUGGUCUGCAGGUGUGGAUGCCGCUUCAUCUACAACCCAAUUACCAAUUUAAUUAACCCGGGCCUAAGGUCAAGCGGACAUUGGCGUCAUCUAAUCACUAGGAAUGGCAUUCUUAUCCGAACCAAUGGUUACCUGAAUCCAACCAACCCGUUUGGGACAACCAAUGGUUACUUGAAAUCCAACCAACCCGUAGGGGACAACCAGUGGUUACUUGAAUCCAACCAACCCGUUGGGGAGGAUGUUUACCCCAUCUUAUAACUGCGGCUUCGGUUUUCCUUUUAAAUUUCACAAAUAAGAAAAACUGGCUCCUUCGGUUUUAGUAUAUGAUAACCGCCCAGAAACCUGAACCGUAAUCGAAUCCGAAACCGAACCGCUAUAUAUUCACAAAAGUGC